UUUCAGCAAUGUACACACACCUCAUCAAAGAUAAUAUUAGAUAACGCAUAUCACUCCACCUCGAAUACUGAACGAAAGCAGUUGUGACACGAGUGCAUAGAAAAAUGCUUCUAAAAUAUUUUUUGAGUUUUUUAUUUUUAUUCAAACACGUAAUCGGCCAGGACGAAUUGGUGACUGAAUCCGUAUUGAAUUUGAAACAAGUGUGCGAUUAUUGUACGUGCAGUGAGAUAUCGGAUAUAGAGAGUUCGCAUUUAGUGUUGAACAUAUUGUGUUCGGAGUUUGACAGGACCGCGGAACUGUCCGAUCUGGACAAAAUCGCUUGGCCUCCAAAUCCGAACGGACUGAAGAUAUCCGCUUCGUUUGAAGGGAUCGGACUCAGUACACUUGGCAAAUUACCGCCAAAUUCGCAAGUGGAAACAUUAAAAUUUAUCAACAAUGGCAUCAAGACGUACUGGCCAGAUCCAUUUAGCGACACGCCAACCCUCAAGCGACUAUCGUUAUCGCAAAACGACCUAGUAGAGGUCACGCCCGACCUAUUCACAAACAUCGACUACCUGGAAGAACUGGAUUUGUCUUACAACAAAUUACAGAAUUUCAAUCCUUUCGAUUUUAAGCAUCUCAAGCAUUUAAAGCGAUUGAAUUUGCAAAGUAAUCAGAUAAAGAAAAUACCGGUUGAAGCGCUGCAGCCGUUGGUGGCGCUUGAAGAUUUAGAUUUGAGCAAAAAUGGAAUUUACGAUUUGAUACUGCCGAAAGAUACAAAUGCGCUUUCUGGAUUGAAGAGGCUUUCUUUGAGCGGAAAUAGAAUUCGAUCAAUAGUGAAGAGUUCUUUUCCUGUCGAUAAUAAUAUAGAACUUCUGGACUUAUCGAACAAUAUAAUAGAAAUAGUUGAAGAGGACUCUUUUCUAUCGUUUUCCAACUUAAGAGAACUUAAUCUUGGUCAGAACAACAUUACCCUAGUGUUUUCAUUGCCAGUAACACUGCAGAUUGCCAUACUAAAGAUAAAUACGUUGUACCAUUGGCCGAAAUUUCCUGUUGGUAUCAAAUAUAUUGAUUUGUCGUACAAUAGACUGUCGGAAGUGUAUGAUGAGAGCGUUGUUAAUUUCGAAAGUUUAGAGGUUCUAAACAUCGGCGGUAAUCAAAUCAAAGAAAUGAAUAUAGAAAAGAAGUUACCGAAUUUAUACACGUUAGACCUAUCAUACAAUCUAAUAGCGGAAAUACCAAAGACGCUGAAUGCGCAGUUUUUCCCUAAUUUAGACGAAUUACGUUUAGAUGGCAACCCGAUCGAGACGGUUUAUUUUAAAAAUAUAUUGGCUUUAAAACGUUUGUAUAUGAAUGAGUUGAAUAAAUUGGUUGUGGUUGAUGAGAAAGCUUUUAGUAAUGUGGUGGGUCGAGGGAUGGACGAGGGGGGAGAGGAACUGAACUGCUUCUCAUUGUACUUGUCUAAUUGUCCUGCUUUGACCGAGAUAAAGGAGGGCGCUUUUGACGGGACCUCUUUGUGCACGCUGGACAUAAGCAAGAACAACUUGAGCCAUUUAUCCAAGAAUCUACUAGACUGGAGCAUUGCGACGGAAGGCAUUAAUCUACAACACAAUCCUUGGCACUGCUCCUGCGACAUGCAAUGGGUGGUGGACGAUGUCCUUCCGCAACUGUACUAUACCAAUAACUCCAGACUCAUGGACGACUUGAGGUGCGGUUCUCCCCGAGGAUACGAAGGUCUCCGACUAGUGCACUGGUACAACUGGACAGCGCAAGCGAUGUGCAGCGACGUGCUAGACUUGGAACGAUCCGGAGCUCACGGCAAUUUCAUGAUGGAGCCCUCGUCGGAAAGUCCUAGAGUUAGCUCCCUGACUUUAAUCUUAGCGGCAUGCAUUAUUGUAUCCCUCCUCGUUGCUAUAGCUCUGACAGUAUACCUCGUGAAGACCAGAAAGAAAUACAGAAUACGACAAGCAGCAAUGAAAAGGAAAAGACAAAGCGACCUAGACUUAAGACAUUCGAAUGGAGUGCAAAAAGAACAGUUCUCAGCGCUGAACAAAGUUUAGCCGUUGUCGGAAGAUGACAGAAAAACAUUAAAGUUUGCAUCUUUCACGUUUACGUGCUGGUCACCCACUAGUCAAGUGACCGAGUCACCAUAAAUUUACCAUUUAGCUUUGGAAUGAAUGCGUUAAAACUUUUUUAAUUCGCUGAUAAAAUAAUUUGUUGAUGUGAUUUUUGUAAUUACGUAAAUAAUAUCCUAUUAGACUUUUAACUUUUUUUUCUCAAGAAAUAGAAAACCAUAAUACUGUAUAACAAUUUUAAUUUCUUGUUUUUAAUAUUCCGAGCCUACGAAUACAUAUCGAACGUUUGUAGAAAAUCAUUGACCAGUGUGCUUAGUGCCAGUUUUUUAACGUUCUCGAUAGCGUAAAAGUUAACUCUAGUUUGUAUGCAGUUGGAACAGCGCCCCUAGCGACAAAAGUAGGCAAACGUUCCAACUCCAUACAAAUUUGAGUUAACUUUUACGCUACCCAGAGCGUUAAAAAGUCGCACUAAACCACCACGCUCCAGAACCCACCAGAACCACGCCCGAACACGAUCAGAAUCUUUUGUUUCUUGUUGAUUAUCGACAAUAAUCAUUAGGGAUUAUGGUUAUCUGUUUAAUUCGACUUAUUUCUGCCACGGAGGUCUAGAGAGCUGCUGUCAAGAGUAGGAUAAUCGUAUUACGACGUUACAGACACUUCAGCCUGUCUUUGGAAACACGUCACAAAGACAAAGAGAAUCAUUAUAUAAAGUAUAUCUCUGUUUCCUUAGGUGAACCGAUGCAAUAAAGACCCGUACUGAUAAUUGCAAUCUUUUGUUUCCCUUGUGACGGUAUCCUUACUAAAUUAAAUAUUCACUAUUUAUUGUGAUAACGCAAUCUACCUCUAUGAACUUUAACAUAAUUACACUACUUUUGGUAGUGUUAUAUUUCUUCAUCCGCAGCGGGUAUGGGUACAAGGCGUGGAAAAUAACGUAGACAUCACAGGGUUGUCAUCUUAAAGUUUAUAAAUAUUAUUAUUUUUUACUAUAUCUUGUUUAUAAUUGUAAAUUAUAUUCGUAUACUGUAAGAAUAUUAUUUUUAUUAUUAGCAAACCAUAAAAGCAUUUGAAACCAUUGUAAACGCCUUGUAGUGCUAAUAAACAUUCAUAUUAGACAACAUGGGGUUCCAUGUUUAAGACCAGUAUUAAGUAUGUAGUAAGAUUGUCAUUAAUUAGGGACAAUAUGGUCGGACGUCAAUGAUAUCAAAGCGAUUGAAGCCUUAUUUAUAGAUGUAGUUAGUAUUCAUUUACUACGACAUUUCUGUGAGAACAUAUUAAUAUGAAAUUUUGAUUGAUAGAUUUAAAAAAAUUAUUCUAAAUGUAAAGCCCUGAAUAAAAAAACAUCUACCUAUAGAUAAGUAGAUCCUGAUCUAUCUUAAGGUCUCAUGCUUCUUUGAGAUUUAGAAUCCGUUGGAGCAUUCAUCAUUAUGUUACUUUCAUAAUAAAAUAAACUGUUUAAGAA